AUGACGAGCAUAAUACUGAAAAACUACAAACAGACAACGAGGAUAACCGCGAAUUUAUUAAAGUGUGGCAGUAAUCUUUCGAGAAGACAGUACGCUACUACUCUAGAGGACUACAAGAUCACAUGGACACGACCCAAAAAAGAAUCGUAUUUGAUACCUGAGAAAUCCGGCGAUCAAGGGAUAGACAUCAGCGUCAAGGCGUCUGAUAUUCCUUCAAUUUACAGUGAAUCGCCCGAGAUGAAGGACGCCAGUGACAUUGUUAAGACAAGAUUUAUGUUAAACUUUCUACCGUACAAAAAUAUUAGCAAAGUCAAGAUGGAGAAAUUUGUAAACAUAGUACAGAGAUACGAUAACGACACGACAUCGCCGGAAGUUAAAAUUGCUUAUUUAACUGGUAAAAUAUAUGUACUGCGAGAAGUUCUUAUUAAGUAUCCCAAAAAUUCCAAAAUAAGAGUUGCAUUGAAAGAAUUAAUUGACAAGAGAAGAUCGCUUUUGGCGCGCUUGCGGAAGAAAGAUUACAGAUGUUUUGAAUAUGUCUUGGAGAAAAUGAACCUUGUUUACAAACCAUUUCCUGAGCCUCCUACUCAAAUUACGAAGAAAGAAUCUUUGACACGAUUAACGGAGAAAUACUGCGAUAAAAUCGUGCAGGAAAAAUUGGACUCUUACAAAGCAGAAUUGAAAGCACAGCAGAAAGAUUUUUUUGCAGAAAAAGCGGAGAAGCUUGCGUUUAUUAGGGAAGAGGAGAUAGCGUGUGGUUUAAAACCAACGAUUAGCGAAGAGGACAUAGCACGUGCCAAACAAAAAGCGAUGGAAUAUCAAACGUAAUAUUAAUUAACUAGAGAUCAAUAAAUUAUCUAUAAAUUGUAUAAAAUUAAAAAUAUUUACGAUA